UGUUACUUCCGGAAAAAACCAGUCUGUUGAAGGUACACGCACACGCACACAUUUGUUUUUUGCCAGCAUGUCAGCGCCCAGGGACUGGAAUCUGGACUGUAAGGUGUAUGUUGGUGAGAUUGGCUAUGGGGCAGCCAAGCAAGAACUUGAAGAUUUAUUCUCUGAGUAUGGACCACUGAAGAAUGUCUGGGUGGCUCGCAAUCCACCUGGGUUUGCCUUUGUAGAGUUUGAAGACCACCGAGAUGCUCAAGACGCUGUGGAUGCUCUUGAUGGAGCGCGUAUAAAUGGGCGUAGGGCAAGAGUAGAAAUGUCCAGUGGAAAGUCUCGCUGGGGCAGAGGUGGCCCCCCACCCCGUAGAGGCCCUAGGAAUGGGGACAGGGAAAGGCGCAGAUCCAGGUCAAGAUCACCAUUAGGCCGACAGCGUUCCCCCUCACCAUCUGUGAGACGACGGUCAGUGUCCCCAUCACUACGGCGACGAUCUCCUUCCCCUAAACGACCAAGGAGGUCAACCAGCAGGGAUCGUACCCGCAGGUCUGACUCUCCAAGAGACGCUUCGCCUGUUGCCAGGAACGGGAAGUCUCGAUCCCGAUCUCGCUCACCAUACGCUGACAAGGACGAUUAAAACAUGUGGAGAAGUGGUAGUUUGAGAUGACGUUUUGUGUGUUCAGAAACGAAUGGCAGUAUUUGUGUAGCUGCAUGCAGACUUUGGCAACAAUUUAAGCUGUGGGUCAGCAUAUAAAUGGAUAGACAGCAGCUGGACAUAAUAUAAUAUCCUUUGUGUUUAAUUAUUCAUAGUAACACCACAACCAUAAUGAUCAUCUUAAGUGUAUUGUAUAUUCUUCUUCUCUUAUUUCCAUGUUGGUCCUUCACAUUGUUUUCUUGUCUUAUAUUAAAAUAGAGAAAAUUACUUUUUUGUAGCAUAGUCAUCAUAUAUGAAAAUGUAAAUAAUGUACAACAGGACAGCUUUAAUAUACACACUUUUUGGUUCAUUUUCAGCAAUUACAGUGUUGAUCUCUCAGGAAAGUGAUAAAUUAGAUAAAAUGCAUUAUUCUUUUUGAUAUACUCUGGAACAUAUGAAACUUGUAAAGCAACUAUUAUCCUGAAUGUAUGUUCUUUCAAGUGUAUGAAUGCAUGUUUGUGUUAUUAAGAUCAGACAUUUCAAGGCAUUGACUUUGAUUAAUUUUUACUGUUUUAUUAUGCCCCACUUCCAAGAUGAGGGGGUAUAUUGUUUUGCUGGAUGUUGGUCUGUCAGUCUAUCAACAAAUUGACCGGUUUUCUUGAUAUUUCACAUAAGCAUUGGCCUUGCACAGUGGAUGACCCCUAUUGAAGUUGGGGUCACUAGGUCAAAGGUCAAGGUUACUGUCACAAUAAGUGUGGAAAUUGUUUCUGAUCAAUAACUCUUCAAAAGAAUGGACCGAUUGGCUUGAUACUUCACAUGUGCAUUGGUCUUGGACAGUAGAUGACCCCUACAUAAAUUGGGGUCACUAGGUCAAAGGUCACUGUCACAAGUGUGCAAAUUGUUUCCAAUCUAUAAGUCGCAAUAAAUUGGCCGAUUGGCUUUAUACUUCCCAUGUGCAUUUGUCUUGGACAGUAAUGACCAUGGGGUCACUAGGUCAAUGUCACCAUCACAAUAAGUGUGAAAAUCGUUUCCUAUAAAUAACUCGUCAACAAAUUGACCAAUUGGCUUGAUACUUCACAUAUGCAUUAGCCUUGGACAGUAGAUGACCCCUAUUGAAAUUUGGGUCACUAGUUCAAAGCCUUGUGGGGGGGUGGCAUAUGUCUCCAACAGCUGAGCUCUUGUUCUGAACUGUGUCAAAGCCAGAUUUAUUUCAUUUCAGUAACACCAUACAUAUAUUACUAUGACAAUUUGUUUGCUCAUUCAGUAAAUGCAUUUAGCAGCAACAGCAUAUUAAUGCUUAGUAUGGACAGGAGUUCUUGUGUCUGUAGCCUGUGUUAUGUAAACUGGUUUAGACAGGAGUUCUUGUGUCUGUAGCCUGUGUUAUGUAAACUGGUUUAGAACAGACACAUGUUAUUAUGUAUUUUUGUUGUACAAUUUAGAUGACUAUUAACUUGCUGUUAACUGAAAUUUUGUAAUAUGAUGAAUGAAAGAUGUUUGCAUUCAGUACAAAAAUUGUAAGGCACUGUAAAACCACUAUUAUUUGUUGGACAUGAAUUUUUUUUUGAUUUUUUUGGUUGAAACGAAACAUAACUGAAGUGCCCAAAAAAUAAGUGCAUUAUUAUAUUAUUUGCUUGAAGGUGCGUCAUUCUUAUGUCUUGUCUGCUUAACACUCCAAAGUGCAGAUUUCAAGAAAAUUACAUAUAUGAUUUAGCUUCUUGGCCAAUAAUACAGUAUAUUCAAUAAAAAAUUCAUUUGUGCAAGUAACAAUGUAACACUUAGUGAACAGUUUCCAUUUUUCAGAGUUCCCAUUUCAGGGUCAUUUUAGUUCUGUAUAAACUGAUAUUUGGACAUUAGAUAAUUGGUAUGUAUAAACAGUGUAAAAACAAUGUGAAAGUCCCCACAUGAAACUGGCCAAAAUGUCUGGUAAAUUCUUCAUUAUUACUAGUAUCAAUUCCUACUAAUGAUUGGGGUCAGUCUACUGCUUAUUAGUUCUUUACCUGAAUGUUUUUUUUCCAAUCAUGAGGAAGAGAAUUCUUGAAAAUAUCAAUGAACCUUGUGCAGUUUGACUGGCUUUGUCUUGGAGCUUACAUACGGAGACGGUAAUAAUGUUGAGUUUAUGACAGUUUGUUUAUAAUUGCAAUGAAUUGGUAAAUGGCUUUUUUUUAACAUUCGGUUAUUGUUUUAUCUGUGAAUUGGGAUUCACAGUUUACUGGUAAUUUUGCUAACAGUGUCUCCCUAUGUUGCAUUCCAUGUUUGCAUUAUACAUAUGUGUUUUUUGUGUAUUUGAAAGAUUGAUAAUCAUAGAAGUCCUGUAGUGCUGUAUUUUAAUGGUAAUUAGUGACAAAAGUCCAUAAUACGUGUUUGAUAUUUUUUAAUGAAAUCAAAAUCACUAAUUUUAGUGCCCAUGAAAUGGUCAUAUAUGGAUAAGCCACAAAAGAUUGUCUAAACAAAUGUUAAUGGUUUUAUAGUACAUAUUUUAAUGUCAUUUUGUUUUUAAACCACAAUAUGAAUUUAAUUUAAUAUAGAUUAACAGUGGAUAUGAGUUUCUUAUGAUGAUCUUAAUAUGUUUCCUGGUAUUAUGAUGUUCUUGAUAUCAUCUACUUUUAAAUGUGUAUUUGUAUAUAUUGUAUUUUAAGAAACUUGUAUGAUAAAUAUUGAAAACUCAACUGUGGGAUUUUUCGCUCCUUGACAGAUAUCUUUUCAUUGAUUGUCAAAAUUCUUUUAAAAGAAGAAUUUUUGAAUCAUUUUACUUGAAGGUGUGUUAGUUCAGAAAUUUGAUAUAAUUUAUCAGAAACUGUUCAAUGUAUCUAUAUGUACAUAGGUAUUAACAUGUUGCAAAACUUGCCAAUAAUAUUUCUUAUAAUGCUUGUCUUGUCUAUAUUUUUUAUUAAAGAUUGUUCAAUUAAAGUUUCUAUUUAUAACCAAUUAAAAAUAGCUGAAAAUGUGAUUGAGAUGUAAUUAACAGAGGUAAGUUUGUUUGACUGAUGUCAGAUAAACACUUUAAAUUGGACCUGAAUCUGUAAUCCAUAAUUUGUUAAGUGGUCCAAGUUUGUUCAAGUUUUGUCAUGUGUACAUGUACCGGAAGUAUCAAUAGAUGAUGCUUAAUAUCAAGAAAUUGAAAAACUAUUGCAUAUGCAGAUUAUGUUUUAAGUAAAUAAAUGUACAAAGUUAAA